CCCAAGGCUGCUCGGGCACUGUACUGGAUGGAUUCAUCGAGGCCGAUGGAGCAACACUGAUGCUCUGUCGAGCCUCUUAUACGGGUUCUGAGAUGAGAAUGCCGCCUUGAUUUUCGUUCUUGUAGAUAUUAUGAGUGAGAGACGCUUACGAAGUGGUAGACCUUCUAGCAAUGGUGAAGAACCUUCUGAAUUUAUGGUUAAUCUGUCGGUCGAACAGUUCAAGUAUGGGGAUGUUGUGUGGAGUAGGAUCAGUGGCGAGUCAUGGUGGCCUGUUCAGGUUGUUGAUGAGAAAUGCGUGGCUUUUAAGCCAAAAAAGAUAAAGAAUGAUUUAAUUCUGGUUCGGCUAUAUGGAACUUUCGAGCACAUGUACGUCGAACCUGUAAACUGUGUCUUGAAGAUUGAGAAGAUUUUUGGGCAAGAGAACGGAAGCAACAGAGAAAUAUUUCAGAAAUUUCUGGAGGAGGAUAUAACCUACAUGAAAUCUGGUGGCCAAUCUGCAGCUACAGUUUCUGAAUUAAAAGAAAUUUCAGAAAUCGAGAAAGAGAAAGAUGAAUCUGGUAGAGGAAAAGAUCAAAUUAAAGGAAGAUUAAAGAGAACCAUGAUAGCAGACAAUUCUCUUCUAGCUGGUUCUUCAGAUAACCCAAAAGCUGCUAAACAAGUUAAGGUUGUGACGUGCGAAAACAUUGAUGAUUUUAAAGCUUCGAGAUUUGGAUUCACAAAGCGGCGGACCAGAAGUGAAACAUUUAAAGCAAGAAAUGAAGGAACUAGUGGGACCGAAACAUCGAACGAGAUGGUAAAUUUAAACAGCAGGGCUUCUACUUGCAGUUCAGUGGAUAAAAAAGAUUUAAGGAGUUCGAGUCGCAAGAAUUCUAGGGAGAAAUUAAGUUUGAAUCUCUUUGAUAAGGCAUCUGAGUCAAAAUGUGUAGAACAGAAUGCUCAGAUUGGAGUUUUAGAUCCUAAAGACAUCAAGAAGUUAGUGGCAAAGAUUGUUAGAGAAGUAGCUGAAAAGACUAGAAAUGAGGCAUUGAAAGCUAAAGAGAUGGAAAACUUUCCUGAGAACACUGAAUAUAUAAACAGUUCAAGGAAGAAAUAUUCGGAGACGAAGAACACGAAGCGACAUAUUCCAAGACGAGCGAUGAAUAAAGAUAUCAAAAUAUCCAGAGGUGAUACUCAAGCCAAAACUGCUGGACCAAGUGCUGUAGGAGAGCCAAAUGGAGACUCUGAUGACAAAAUUUUUGAAUGCGACAAUAAUGACAGGACAAUCAAUACUUGCUUCGACACGGCAAAUGCAAUGGAGAAAGCGAAAAAUGAACAUCAAGGGAUCAAUGGUGCCCACCAAUCAAAGGAUUUUUUGGAUGUGAUGAAUGGAAAUGUAAAAUCCGAAUCAAAUUUCGCAAAGCAAAGUGAUGAAAUGAAGCCCGAUGAGACGGAAGAUGCAAUGAACGGAGCUCAAAGAGGCACGGUUAUCAAACAUGAUGCUUCAAGAGAGAAAAUGGAUAGUCCUAGUAAUACUAAAUGUAUCCUGAGCCCGCGACGUACGAGAGUCAUGCAAAGUCUUGGUCUAAUUGCUCCUUUAGGUUCCCCAUUUUGCCGAAACAGGUUGAUCAGGUCCUUGCUGCCAUGACUGCCUGAAAAACUCUGAGAAUUUUUUUUGUUUAUAAACAAACUGUAAGCAGGUCGACAUAGACUCUAAACAUAGAUACCCCAUCUCCAAAAUUAGGGUUUUGAAUCAUAUAUUUUUGUGGCCUAUUAAUUACUGGUGCCGGUUUUGUAGAGAUGGUUCAAGUUGUGUCUUAACAAAUGGUGACUGCUGAAAAACUUUUUUGACUGAUACAUUCUCAUCAAAUUUGUUUCUAUUGCAUGGACACUUGCGGCGAAGUUGGAUCAAUAUGGU